GCCAAAUGUGGAGGACUCCAGCCCAUCUUCCGCGAUCUGGCGCGGCUGUCAGUGCGUCUGCUGAUGGAAGGAUACCCGGUGCCCAUGUCUCUGCGACAGGCGCAAUGCAUUGCCACCGCCCAGUGGGUGGAAUUGGAAGACAUCUCUAGGUGGCUGGAUGUCCCUCAAUCCGUGGCGUAUCUCUUUCAGCGAAAGAUGUUUGAAUCGGAGUUGGCUUCGACGAACUCGAAGCCCGAUGCGCGCAUCAGCGCUGCGCAGGCGUCAAGACGUGUGAGCAAACUUGUGGAGUCGUCCUCGAUGCCUGGGAAUGUGGGCUUUGACAAUUUGCAGGGCAGGCUGGUGGGUCGCGACGAGGACGCCUUGCGGGCCUUCCGCUCUGCUGAAGCGCUGGUGGAUGACGUGCUACGGCUGCCGCUGCUUCAGCUGGUGCCGGAGGAUUUGCAGAAGAGUGGAACCAUGGAGAAGGCACCACCGCCGGACAUGACUAAGUCCGCCAUGUCAUUUGCUUCCCUAGCAGAGGAUGAGGGUAAGACAGAGGCGAUCUACCGCGAAACGGCGUUGAGUCACCAGAAACUGUUGCACCGCUUCGGCGAGGAGUCCCAGCGCUUGUGCUACGAGCGGUUUCUCCACGAUCCCAAGUGGUUGGUGGACGCCAACCACCCCGAAGGCAACACAACGACUCAGCAGUUGCAACUGCUGCAGGUGGACUAUUCCCCGUUGCUGUUUGGUUUGCCGCUGCUUGAGGAGCUGUUGGACAUGCUGGUGGCGCCCGGCCUGGAUCCUUGGCAAAAGGCCUUCGGGUGCAGCUUUGCGACAGAGCUAUGCAACAGGCUCCUGCCGCUGCUGACCGCCCUGGGUGGCAAGGGGCCGGAGAUUAGCACCACAGAAGAUGCACAGAGCACCAUAGGCAUCGAUGUGCGCUAUGCAGAGGGGCAUCGCUUAGCUCAACGGGGAGAGGAUGGAUUCUGCUUCGGCUCCUGCGGCAAGUCCUCGGACGGUAGCCUGCAGUUCCGACGUGGCCGUCUGACCCCUGAAGUUCUAGAGAAAGUGCUCGUGGGUUGGCCUUGCCCCAUCAGUGGUGUAACAGCAGCAAUGGUGCAGGAACAGAGGUUGGGAGCUGGGCAACUCCCACAUCGCGAAGAUGACCUACAGAAAGACGUCGAGCUGCUGGAGGUGGUGCGCACGGCGCGCAAGGCCAACCUCUGGAGGAAGAGCGCCGCAGGUCUCUACGAGCUGGAGCGGGUGCAAAUGCCGCAAGCCAACGAGGUUGAAAAGAAGAAAAGCAUCAUCCGCAGCAUGACCUUGAACUCGCGACAAGUGGCUCACAAGUUGUUGCAUCGCAGCGUCACCCCUCGGGAGGCAGCAAAGGUGAAGACACUGGAAGUUGCUUCCCUCAAUGACGGGCAGGAGCUGCAGUUUCUGGGUCGGCGCAUCGGCUUGGCUGCCUACGUCGACAGUUCGGUCCCUCGCUGCCCAGCCAAGCAUGGCGCGUGUACGCUGGCGCUGGUGAAGGAUAUCUACGGCUCAUUUCCAUGCUCCUUAUGCAAGCAAGUGGUGUCCGCUGUCUCUACAGACGCAGCGCUGCCAGACCCUUACUUUGCCUACUGCCAGCGCUGCUGGGAUCGCACAUCUCGGCGCUUCGUUGUUUGCUCCAAAUGUCUUCGAGAGCAUGUGACGAUGUGUCAACGAGGGCCGAGUCACCAACUCCAGCUGUUGGACGUGUCGCCCUAUGUUGGCAUCCCAAGUUGCAGUCGAUGCGGCAAAAAGAUCACAUGGCCAUGGCAGAUGAACGUCGGGGAUGGAGAAUCACCCUUGGAACCGCAGUGGUUCCACUGCGCCACCUGUGGCAGCCAGAGGGACCUUUGUUUGGGAUGUGCUCCUCGCUACUGCCCACAGCGUCAUCGGAUGGAAUGUCUGAGUCCACUGAAGGGAGGCUUCACAUGCAAGAGUUGUGGUAAAGGUGCUGGCGCUGGAGGGGGCAUCUUGCAACUGUACCACUGCUGCAUUUGCCAGGAGGC